AUGGCAGGACUCAGUGCCUUCUGGGCCACUCGGAGGUCCAGCCAAUUACCUAACCAUCCACUACCUCCGGGCGGCGUCCAUCCAGUACCUCCGGGCGGCGUCCAUCCAUUACCUCCGGGCGGCGUCCAUCCACUACCUCCAGGCGGCGUCUAUCCACCACCUGGGCGGCGUCCAUCCACCGCCUCCGGGCGGCGUACACCUACCACUUCCGGGCGGCAUCCAUCCAGCAAUUCCGGCGGCGUCCAUCCACUACCUCCAGGCGGCGUCUAUCCACUACCCCGGGCGGCGUCCACCCACUCACCUCCAGGCGGUGGUCCAUCCAGUGCACUUCCGGGCGGCGUCCAUCCACCACCUCCAGGCGGCGUCUAUCCACUACCUCCGGGCGGCGUCCAUCCACCACCGGGCGGCGUCCAUCCACCACCUCCGGCGGCGGCGUCCAUCCACCACUUCCUGGGCGGUCCACCACCACUUCCGGCGGCGUCCAUCCACUACCCCCGUGCGGCGUCCAUCCACUACCUGGGCGGCGCGUCCGUCAUCCACCACUUCCGGGCGGCGUCCAUCCACUACCUCCGUGCGGCGUCCACCCACUGGCCUCCGGCGGCGUCCACACCCACUACCUCCGGGCGGCGUCCAUCCACUACCUCCGGCGAAGUCCAUCCACCACCUCCGGCGGGCGUCCAUCCACCACCUCCGGGCAGCGUCCAUCCACUACCUCCGGCGGCGUCCAUCCACUACCUCCGUGCGGCGUCCACCCACUCACCUCCGGGCGGUCCACCCACUACCUCCGGGCAGCGUCCAUCCACUACCUCCGGGCAGCGUCCAUCCACUACCUCCGGGCGGCGUCCAUCCACUACCUCCGGGCGGCGUCCAUCCACUACCUCCGGGCGGCGUCCAUCCACUACCUCCGGGCGGCGUCCAUCCACUACCUCCGGGCAGCGUCCACCCACUACCACCCCGACGUGUCCUGCUGACAAAGGGAAGCUCGUUGUAUAUAUCACCAUCCUGAACCCUCAAUUAUAA